UAUACGCGUUCUGAUUUAUAUACGGCUAUUUGCAGUGAAACGUAAACAAUUCUUGAAGCUACACUGCCUAACGUAGGAAUGGAACGACUUUGGUUCAGUUUGGAUUGGCUUUCAACCAGUUUCGGGAUAACGUAAGCGGUAGCUGUAUGUGUUUGCAGUGGCGGGGUGUUGGCAGCAAGGAAGGUUUUGCCUAACAUGGCUGCAACGCAAGCUGGAAGCCAACAAAAUGAAGUAAAACGUGAGCAAGUGCAAAAUGAUCAACCUCCAGAUUUAAGUAACAGUGUGCUCCAAAAUGGUACAGAGAAGAAUGGUGGACGCGGAAUAACUGGAACUGAUAGCUUAGUGAGUACGAAAACAAAAGCAUCCGGUCAAAACAGUCUCACCGUUGAGAUGAGUCAAUAUCGACAGGAGUCAGGUACAGGACCUCAUAUUCACAACAGUUCUGGUAAUGGUGAACAAAAUUCAGGCGUAUCGUCUGUAGAUAAUAACAAAGUUAAUACUGACAGUAAGUCUUUCGCAUCGAGUGCAGAACAGUGUGUGAUUAGUGAUCCGACGUAUGGCAAAGGUUCAGACAACAACAGCCAGAAUUUGCAGAGUUUUGGUUUAGGUUUUAGUGCAAGAGGUAAUUACCACCCUGAUCAGCAUGGUGCAAGUAAUACGGUGCAAAACAGUAGUGAUACUAGUAGUUUACAACAAAACCCAUUUAGUCAGUUUAACACUCAAAUAAGGCAAAGUUAUCAAGGUUCCAAGCUAAUGCAGACUGGACUAAUGCAUCCGUCAAGACCUGCAAGUGUUGGACCCAUAAUGACUGGACACAGUGGCAGUUACCAGCAACAACAGCAGCAUCAACAGAGGUACCAGUCAGGACAAGGCAUAUCUCAGCCUACUGGACCAACACCUACUUUAAAUCAGCUGCUGCAGUCGUCUAACCCAGUGCAUCGGUAUCAGAACAGUUUUGGCGAUUAUCGAAUGUCAAAAUCAAAUGAACACGGAGCUGUCAACGUGCCAUAUAAUCAGCCAGCAACACCAGCCUCUUCAUGGUCUCCUAGUCGGCCAGCAGCAUCGUACAGCCCACACCCUCAGCAGUCAGCAACUCCCAUACCUCCAGUGAUAACUACGCGCGGCUCCGACACCUACCUUAGUGCUCCAGCGGGCCUCUCGUGCCCCCCCUUCGCGGCCGCGAAAUACAAUAGCGACGCCCCAACGGCAGCCUAUGCAGACGCACAGAUGUACUCGUCGCAGGUGCGCGACUCGCUGGGCCAGCUGCACGUGGCGCACUACGCGGACGACCUGGGCGUGCUGGAGGAGCGGCGGACGCGCACGCCGCAGCCGCCGGGCCCCGAGCGGUCCCCGCAGCCGCAGACGGCGCCCUCUCCGGGACAGGCGAACUGUCCGUACCGGCCGCAGCCGCCCUCUACGCCGAACGCGCACGCUCCGGAUGCUGCGGAUCUGACUGGGCAGAAUAGCAAUGACAGCUCAAGCGGUCCAGCACCGGGCACGCCCAAUUCUCAGGGUAUGAGACCCACUCCAUCGCCGACUGGCUCCACAGGCUCCCGCUCAAUGUCCCCAGCUGUCGGCCAACAAAACAUUCCGAUGCCUCCUCGGCCUUCGAGCGGGCAGUCUGAUGGAAGUGGACCUACUCGUAUGAGUCAUUCACCGAUGGCAGCUCAGGGGAACUAUCAGCAACCAUUGGCUCCUCCAUCACAUCUGCAUGGAUAUAAACUUCCUGGCCAACAAAUGGGUCCUUAUGCGCCACAGGGUCAGCAGUAUCCUCAAGGUAGCUUCAACCAGAGGCCACCGGGACAGAUGGGCAGUGUGCAAUACACUCAGAGCUAUGGUCCAGGCAGUCAACAAAACCCACAGGCCAACAGUAUGAAUCCUGGGCAGUAUAGCAGUCGUGCAGUGCCAAAUCAUGUACCACAUCCGCAGUUUGGUGGAUACCAGGGAUGGGGUGGACCAGGUUUGAAUCAGCCACCAAAUAUGAUGGGUGGCCCAGGAUCACAGAUGGUUGCAAAAAGUGGUGGGCCACAGUCUGGUGUCCCUACACAAGCUGCCAAUACUGGUUCUGGACCACGACCACAUACCCCUCCACAUUAUCUCAAGCAACAUCUCCAGGUAACACAGCACAAGAUGGGAUUCAGCUCUUCUGUGCCUGGCAUGCCACCAUCACCAGCGGGUCUCCAGGGCUACGGUGGAGCUUCUGCUGCAGGUCUCGGACCUGGUCCCGGUAGUGGUCCUGGCUCACACCACCAUGGUGUUACUAGUAUGGGUCCUCCCACCCACCAUCCCGGGAUGGGACCACCACCUCCGAGCAUGGGACCUCCUCCGGGAAUGGCUCCACCACCAGUAUCGGGAGGGCCUGCUCCUCCGCCACCCCCAGCACCAUCUGUUGCUGCAGGUGCUCCAUCGCCGUUGCCUAAUAGCCAUCAUGAUGCCCCGAUGCCUCCGCCUGCACCUUCAGCAAAUUCUCAUCCAGCACCUGUCGAUGUUGCAGAACCUACCCAUGACAAUGGUCUCCCAGUUUCCACUGCAUCAACAUUGCAAUUAUCUGAAGUUACAGGCACAACAACGGUAAAUGUUACUGCUGCUGCCUCAGGCUCUGUGACUUCAGUAGUAACGACUGGUCCUGAUGGUACACCUCUGGAUGAAGGAUCACAGCAAUCAACUUUAUCCAAUGCUUCGGCAGCAUCAGGUGAGGAUCCGAGCUGCACACCAAAAUCUCGUAAGGACGGAUCAGUGGUUGGAAACUCUGGAGGCUAUCAUAGUCAUCCCCCAACACCACAGAGCACAGUGGCAUCACCUGGUGCAGCAAGUCUCAAUUCAAUGCAUGAAGAGUAUGGUGAUGUCAAUAGUCCCAGUUGGCCCAGAACGCCUGCCAGCCCUAAACCAGACAGCCUGUGCAAACUGUAUGAGAUGGAUGAGAACCACGAGCGACGCAUGUGGCUUGACAAACUGCUGCAGUUCAUGGAGGAGCGUGGAACACCUAUCUCAGCAUGUCCCACCAUCUCCAAGAAUCCUCUCGAUCUCUAUCGGUUGUAUGCUUACGUCAAGGAAAGAGGGGGCUUCAUGGAGGUAUGCAAGGUCACAAAAAACAAAACCUGGAAAGACAUUGCAGGGCUUUUAGGCAUCGGAGCAUCUUCAAGUGCUGCAUAUACACUUCGGAAGCAUUACACGAAAAACCUUUUGGCCUUCGAAUGUCACUUUGACCGUGGAGGUAUAGACCCACAACCAAUUAUAAAUCAAGUGGAAUCUACUUCGAAGAAGAAGAUGACCAAGACAUCAUCAGUUCCAUCUCCAGGCUCAUCAAAUUCACAGGAUUCAUUUCCAGCAGCUGGUUCAAGUGGAGCAUCCAUGGAUGGAUACAGUUACGGUUACCCACCAGGAAGCACACCUGAUUACAGUUCUCCACCAAUGCAAAGGCCUUCCUCCCAAACAAAUGCCCCUUCGCCCCACCCGGGUGUGGGGGUGCCGACGCAAGGUGCGGGGGAUAACAUUAGCGUUUCCAACCCUUUUGACGACGUGGCGACUGGGCAGAGGCCCAAUCCUUACUGCCCUUCUGGAGGCCCCUCUCGUCCCCAAGGAAUUCAGCAAGGCUAUCAAGGCCAGUCCGGGUACUCUCAGUACCCGGAACAGUAUCCCCAUAGUCGUGGACAACCAACGAAUAUGGGGCAGGAAUUCAAUCAGCAGUACUCUCCCAGCAGCUCAUAUCCACCUGCUCGGCCUAUGUAUCCUCCCUACGCUUCUGAGGCUGAAAGGAGUUAUGGACAAGGUAGUGGGGCACAGCAGUCGGCUGGUGGUCAAGAUCCCUUUGGACACAACCGGUACGGGGGGCCCAGCCAGCCACCUGGCUAUCCUUCACGUACUGGCUAUCCUGCUCCACCUACGGGACCACCAGCACAGCAACCCACAGGGUAUCCACCACAGCAAGACUAUUACCGUCAAGAUCCGGUAUAUUCUGGUCAACAAGCAGCUACUGCAACUGGCCCAGGUGGUCAGAUGUAUCCUGGAAGUCCUCAUAGUAAAUCAAUGCCACCUCCAGCUCCACAGACCCCUAGAAGGCAUCCAGAUUUUGCAAAAGACCCACAGCAGUCUCCCUAUCCACCAUAUAGUCAACAAAGGCCUUCUAUAUACGGCUGGAGUAGUGGUAACACUCAGUAUCGGGCACAGUACCCUCCACAAGGACCUGUUCCACAAGGGCCUCCACAGUGGAACCAAAAUGCUCAACGAGCUGGUGGUCCUGUGCCUGGUCAGCCAGCCAACAGCCAGUGGGACCAGCACCGCUACCAAGCUAGUGGACAGUCACCGUAUCAGCCUCCACAACAGGCACAGCAGCAGUGGGUUCCAAGUAUGCAGACUCCUGGUAUUAAUCAAAACUCACUCCUAAGGCCACCGAUGGUUAGCCCGCGUGCUCCGUUCCGACCGGAAGGAAAGCCGUAUUCGAUGCAGCAACUACCGGGUUCAAAGGCGCAGCCGCCUGGGAUGAAUAAUGCGCAGGUCUACCAACAACAGAGUGCCCCAAAGCGAGAGAUCGUUUUCCCUCCAGAAAGUGUGGAAGCAACAUUGCCUGUUUUGUAUAAACGCAAGCGAAUGACACGAGGGGAUGUAGCACCUGUAGAAGCAUGGAGGCUUAUGAUGAGUCUGCGCUCUGGCCUACUGGCGGAGAGUGCUUGGGCUCUGGAUAUUCUCAACAUCCUUUUGUUUGAUGAUACCACAGUUGCAUAUUUUGGACUAGCCCACAUGCCAGGACUCCUUGAUGUGCUGUUGGAGCAUUUCAGACGCAGUUUAGCUGACAUGUUUGACUCGCCUCUUCCAGAUUCUGGGAAGAAGUGGUUCCAGGCACCAAAGGUGGAAACACCGGAAGUGGACCUAGGGCAAGUUAGAGUGCCAGUUGAUCCUGCAGAUCACAUCACAUUAAUGAAAUCGACACCAAAUUAUACUCUUGUGACUAGAAAGGGUGAGGUAGUCCGAAUUGUGAACAAAGAUAAUGAGAUUUUUGUUGUGGAUAAUCGGAAGAGCUGGGACAUUGAAGGUGACUUGGCAGAAAACGAUGAUGUGGUUCAAGACCCGUGGCAGUUGACCUCUUCAGACAUCAGUUCGACGAAGUACAUUGUGUCAUGUUUCCAAGGAGAGUUCGGUAAUGUUCCAUUUGCGAGACUGCUCGAUGACAGUAAAACUGUAGGUGCCGAAGAGGAAGAAGAUUGUCGGACAAAAGUAAGUGAAGAAGAAUCGUAUCCCAUUGAAAACUUGAGUGUAACUCCUCCUAUAGUGCUAAAAGUGGAAUGUAGUGAUGACAACGGUGUUAUUGAUAGUUCGAGCAGUGCAUCUAAUGUGAUACUUAAUGAGGAACAUUUGAGUAAAGACAGCUCCUUCGUAGAUGUGCAGGAUAGUGAUGAAGUGAAACGGACUAAAACUAUUUUGAGUGAUGUGUUUUCGCGGAUAAAAACGGAAAAUACGGAAGAAAAUUCAUUGCUGCCUGAACACUGCGUAGACCCCUUAGAGCCUCCUAAAGAAACUGUAGAAGUGAAAAAGGAAGCAAACUGUGUCGAAAGUGAGAGCAGUAGUAACAAUGAAAGGGAGUUGCCGCAUUCUCCAAGUGUACCAAAGGAUAUUGAAACAAAGAGUGAUAAUGCUGUAUCAGAAACUAGUGACACAAAUAAUUUUAGCAGCAGUAACAUAAAAACAGAACAUACAAACAACGACAAUAGUUCUAAUAGCAAUGAGAGUAGUAUAUUCAACAUAAGCAAAGGUGAUAACUGUAACAGCACAACACCGAAUGAAUCCAGUUGCGAUUAUAAGAUCAAAGAAGGUGUUGAAAGUGAAAUUAUUGCCAGUGAAGAAAACAGUGAAGGUAAUGAAAGUGCUGGAAAUGCUGUUGAAGGAACUAGCCUUAACAAUUGUGAAUGUUUAGAAAGCAAUGAAAGUAGUAAUGGCAACAACAGUUGUGACGAAACUGUAAAAGAACACGAAGAAACGGAAACAGAAAUGGAACAAGAUGUGUUCCUCGAAGGUUCUGAACAUGAAGGAAAAGACAUAAAAAUGGAAGAUGACUAUGGUGACGAAGUUGAAGAAAAGUCAAAAGUAACAGAUGUGAGACCAGAGAUAAAGGGAGAAAACAGGGGCGGCAUACAAAUAAGGGAUCCUGCGGGAACGUUGAAAAGAAGACGUAUGUCAGAUUAUGAAGACGAAUGUUACGCGAGAGAUGAAGCGAGUCUUUACCUUGUUACUGAUACACAGGAUGCAAAGGCAAGGCGUUGUGUUUGUCUUUCAAAUAUUUUGAGGAAUCUGACAUUUGUCCCGGGCAAUGAAGCAGAGUUUGCCAAAAAUGUUACAUUCCUUGGUUUGUUGGGGAAGCUUUUACUCUUACACCACGAACAUCCUCCUCGUGCACAGAAACAGCGCAAUUAUGACCGUGAAGAAGAUGCUGACUUUGCAGAUUCUUGUAGCAGUUUACAAGGUGAGGCGGAAUGGUGGUGGGACUUCUUGCACCAUGUGCGCGAAAAUGUGUUGGUGACAGCGGCUAAUAUUGCUGGUCAUAUGGACCUCGGUCAACAUCCUGAGGAAGUGUCGCGGCCCGUAAUUGAUGGACUUCUUCACUGGGCAGUUUGUCCAGCUGCUCAUGGUCAGGACCCAUUUCCAGGAUCUUCAGGCUCGUUGUCACCCCAGCGCCUCGCACUGGAAGCUCUGUGCAAAUUGUGCGUAACGGACUCUAAUGUAGAUCUGGUUGUAGCUACGCCACCCUACUCCCGUUUGGAACGUCUGUGUGCUGUGCUGACACGACUUCUGUGCCGUUCAGAAGAGCAAGUGCUACGAGAGUUUGCAGUGAAUAUGCUGCACUACCUGGCCGCUGCGGACAGUGGUGUGGCACGUACUGUUGCACUGCAGAGCCCGUGUGUGUCCUUGCUAGUAGCAUUCAUCGAGCAGGCGGAAGCUACUGCAUUAGGGGUAGCCAAUCAGCACGGUAUCGGUGCACUUAGAGACAAUCCAGAUGCUAUGGGAACCAGUCUGGAUAUGCUGAGGCGUGCGGCUGGUACAUUACUUCAUCUGGCACGACAUCCUGAAAACCGGCCGCUCUUCCUGCAGCAAGAACAGCGUCUGUUAUCCCUCGUCAUGAGCCAGAUCCUCGAUCAGCAAGUGGCAGCUGUAAUCUCCAGUGUUCUUUUCCAGUGCUCACGGCCCUCUUCGUAGCAUGCACAGCAGUUGUAGACAACUAAGUGGUGAAACUGGCACGGAUGUUUCCUUCUCUUGUGAUUUUUGCUGGAACAUAUUGUGAGAGAUGACUUUUGAGUCUGAAUGUAAUGAGGACUGAGUUUCCGGUUCGUCAGUCCUUUAUUCCUUUCUUUUAUGCCUUGCCGAAAUGGUGUUAGUUAAAUGUACAGUUAGUUAUGAGUGAAGUGGAAGUACAUGUUUGUUUACAGGAGGAAGUCGGCUGAUGUUGAUAUUAUGUACAAACAGUCAGACUGUCUUUGAUUAGAUUUAAUAGAUAUAAAUAAAUAAAUACAAAUAUAUAUAUAUAUAAUCUAUAUGUAUAUGUAUAUAUAUGUAUACUUAUACAUAUAACUAUACAUGAAAUAUAGAUACAGUAAAUACCAAACAGUUACGUAGUCUUGCAGCGAAACGGUUGCUACAGCAGUAACACGAGUGGGGCAGUAACUGAGAAUUACCAGAUGAGACUGAUGGUGCCACUUCCAGCAUUCACCAAUAUCUGUUACGAGUCGGAAAUUUAUUUUGUAUUUAUCAUCAGAUGUGGUUGGAUGUGAAUGAAUGUGGAAGUUCUGUUAUCUAGAGCUAUGUGUCGACUGUCUUAUUAGCGUAGGGCCAUUGCUACAAAUGCUGUUGAGGGACAGUGGAAUAAUAUUAAAUACCAGAAUACACAUUAAGUAAUCAUGCAUAUAGUUAAGUAAACUGAAUUAGAUUCUUUAGAAUACAACACAAAAUUGAGUCUAAGAAACAUGACUUGGAGUGCAGGAAGUUAAGGUGCCACCACUGCCGUGUUACUUGUGGAACAGGUGAAAGUAAGUGUGUCUAAUUAUUUACUUUGAUGUGUGGAAGUGACGUGGGGUGUAACAUAAUUGAGAAAAGAUUGUUAUAAACAUUUUCUUUCUAAACACGCCCUUGAAAUCUGUUCAUUGAUACCCAUUGGAUAAAAAAUGUAUAGCCCAUUUUAUCCUACUGAUGGCUGAUUUUCAUCCCUCAUACUAAGACCUCUUGUGGUCAUGCUAAGUACCUUUCCCUUUCCUUACUUUCAUAUUGGUAUUACUGUGCAAAUGCUUUAUAUAUGUCUGAACAAGUCAGAAAUAAAUGUACAUAAGGAGUA